GUGUGCGCAGAGUGGGGACAGAUGCCCCCGUCCCCCUCCUGCCUCUUCCGCCCCCUCUCGGGAGGAGACUGGGAGUGUGGCUGGGACAGGAGGGGGCGGCGGAGAUGCGAUCCCAACAGAUCCGAGGGAAAGGCCCAGGCUACCCUCGGCCCACGAAGGGAUCUUCCACCGCGGCAGCUAUUUAAAGAGGAUUGCUCUCGUACACUGGCCCAUCUGGCCAGCACAACCGCCUCUGCUCCCCUUGAUUCCACCCUGCCUCGCCACGUCGCCACCUUUCCCCUCCUGUCGCCUUCCUACCGCGCCCCCUCGUCGCCUCCGAGCGGCUCGUUCCCCCUUCUCCUCGCCUCCGGCGCCUUUUCUCCCUGCUUCGUCAGCCAUGUCGUGCUCUCCCUCGAGGCCCAAGCAGCUGCCCGCGCAGGCGCCAUCUCCCACUGCACUGGACGCGCCUGGCGCCACUGCCACCGCCGCCGUCACCGCCACCGCCACUGCCAAUGCCACUGGCUCUGCCCCCGAGCCCCGGUCCUGGGACAGGCUGCUGGCAACAGCCAACUGCCCGAUUGACCGGUCGUUGGAUUCGACUUCCGCCACCGAGGGCGAAGACAGCAGCCCGAAUGGCAGCCCGUCAUCGCCGCCGCCGCCGCCGCCGCCGCCGCCGCCACCGGUUCCGGGGGCCCUGGAGCGCGCCACCUCGCCCACGGGCCCCGGCAGGCGCACGCGCGAGCGCCGCAUCAACCGCUGUUCCCCGGACCAGUGGAAUGCCCUGGUCCGAUGCUACGAAGAGAACCCCUUCCCGGACCGGAAGCGGCGCUUGGAAAUCUCCGACGAGUUGGAACUCCCCAUCAAGGUGGUCACAUAUUGGUUCCAGAACCGCCGGUCCAAGGGGUCCAAGCGGAGCGCCCUCCGGCCCAUGGAGGAGGCCAAGCAAACCGCCCGGGCAUCAGAGGUCCAAGAGAGCGACCUGGCUGCCGGUGCGCUGGGCCCCUCGCCCGAAGUCCGGGAUGCCUUCUCCUGCCCGCCGGACAUCAUGACCCCGGUGUCGCUUGUUUCGUCGGUCGGACCGCCGCCUAUGAGCGUUGUCCCCCUUCGCCGGGCCAGCUUUUCCGGCGGCUACACCUACGAAAGCAUGGCCUCCAGCCGACCGAGCACCCUGAUCCCGGACCGGCCAUCCGCCCUCGCCACCUCGCCGCAGCUCUUCCAUGCCCCGGCCCAUUUGGCGCCCUUCCCGGAAUAUAUCCCGGCGGCCGGGCAGUUCAACAGCUACUAUGGGCUGACGGGGUCGACACCCCCGGCCAUUUCCACUUCCAUGGUCUUGGCACCGGCUCCCCUGCCGGCGCAUCUCCGGCCCUUCGGCCAAAUCCGCCCCACCUCCCCAGAGGGCCCGUCCUCGUCGGAGGAUGUCUCGGCCUCGGAGCCCGACCUCGCACACCGGCCCUCGAGCGGGAACAUCAAUCAUCUGGAUUCCGAGAGCCUCGACCUCCAGGGCAUGUCUUACCCGGGAGCCACGCGGGCGGCGCCCCGUGCCGAGCAUCAUGAGCACUAUUACCGGCAAAUCAGGCCCUCGAGCAGUGGCGCCUACACGCAGUCAACUGCCGAGCUGGGCGCUCUGCCAGCCGGGGACACGCGUUCGCCCGGUGUUUCUAGCUCCGAGGAUGCCCUUUCCUCGCCGGGCGCGCUGUCGCCCGAGUCGCAGAUGCAUGAUGGUGAGCACCCCGAGCAGCCGCACUAUGGCUGCAUCAUCACCGAGAGCACCGGGCCUCACAUGUCCCACAUGAUUUCGGGGCAAUUUUGCGGACCGGAAGCUCAGGCCACCACGGCCCACACGACUCCCUCGCCUCCGGCCGAGCCGUUCGACGGCUUCCCCACGCCCUCCUCGACGCCGGUCCGGCGGCUCGAUGGUGUGCCCCACUCCGGGGGCAAGUCAUGGGGCGUGCACAUGUCGGGAGGCGCGCACGGUCAGCAUGGGAGCUCCCUGCCUGGGGGGAUCACCAUGUCGCCGGUCAGUAUUAGCGAGUCCAGUCCGGACCUGGGGGCGGCGGAUGAGGCUGGCGCGAUGCGGGUCGUGCGUGCGUCGCACUCCUCCCAGGUGCUGGCUGGCCGCAGUAUCGGGUAUUACCCGCAUACUGGGGCGAAUUUCCUCAGCCGCCGAAGCAACAUGGUGCCGAUUUCCCCCUCCCGGCCCGGGGUCUGCUCUUCGCCCCGGCGCUCGGGCGUGCUGUCGGCCCGGGAGCGCCGGUCCUCCACAUGCCCGCCCUUGCCACCUAUGACGGUGGCUGCUGCCGCUGCUGCUGCUGCUGCUGCUGCUGCUGCUGCUGCUGAAGCGGCGGCGACGGCCGCCGGCCGGGCCCCAGAGUCUCCGCCGCCGGCACCCUCGACCACCCCGGAGCCUGUGUCCCUGUCGGCCGUCAGCGCCGAGGCGCCUGCCUGCCGGUCGAUUCUCUUCUCCCCCUCGGGCAAGGAUUCCACGCAGACCCCCCACAGGGGGCCGAUCUCCUUCGCUCCUCUGUCUCCCGGGCUCCAGAUGGUCGGCUUGCGGCCUCUGGAUGCGCCGGCCGGCCGGCCGCCGACCAAUGGCUCCUCGUCGUCGGACGACGAGGAGGACAUGGCCAAUCUCCUUCGCCAGCAGAAGGACCAGCGCCCAUGGCAAUGGUGCCUGGAGCAGCAGCGCUUCGGGCCCCAGGCGCCGGGGGGCGCGCAGACCACCGGCACCGGGGUGCCAGCUCGACUCAUGGACAUCGAUGCGCUGGAGCCCGGGGCCGAGGCCUCCUGCAGCGACGGCGGCAGCCCCCUCAGUGGGGGGACCCACGCGUUGCAUUGCUCCGAGUCCAGUGGCUCCGAGUCACCUGGCCACCUGUCGGAUUAUUCGGAUCCGGAAAGCGAGGGGUCCUUCCGGCGCGGCGCUGGCGGCCUGCAGGUGGCCUGCGUGUGCCCCACCGAGCCCGAGCUUCUGGCCAUGGUCGGCGCCUGCCUCAGCAAGUGGUGCAUUCAGAAUGACCUCCCCUCGGGCCCGGACACUGCGGCCCCGGUGUUCAAGGACGGGCGCUUGUAUGUGUCGGCUGCUCGCACGGAUGCCGUGCUGAAGCUGGUCCAAAGCAUGAUGGGCGAAGAGGCCGGCAUGGCCGAAGUGCCAGCCAUGCAGACAAGCAUCACUCAGGUGCCCAUCAUGCGCCCUCUCAGCAGCUGCUCCGGGGAUGAGGCCCGGUCCGAGGCCGAAGUGGCUCAGUCAUCGGGGCACUUUUCCCAGGUCGUCUUCAUCGGCCGCUAA